GCGCGCCUCCCGUCGUCGUCGCGACGCCGCGCCAUUUUCUCGCGCACGUGGGCGACGGCAGCCAAACGAGGACGCCCGGCUCGAACGCCAUUAACGCGGCCGUCGUGAAUGAACACCGACCUCGAGCGGGUGGCUGGCGUCCAUUGAUAGGGCGCGCGGCGGUCCACGACCGCGGCACCGCGCCUCAUCGCACGGGGGCGGCGUGCUGAACGCCCUCGCGCCUCGCGCUCGCCUCAGUCGAGGAUGUGGCGCUCUCGGCGCGACGACACUCUCCGCGUGCAAAAUCUGUGUUCAUUUAUCAGUAGUUCGUGACCCUUCCGUGGGAUACCGUGCCCCACACUGCUAGUACCCUAUAAUGUUCUGUGAUCGCGUCAAUUUCCUUAGGACAUUAAGUAAAUAAGUUAGGUCCAGGCGCUCGUGCAGCGGCGCGAGCGCGUGCAGGUGCAAGUGCGGGCGAGUGUGUGUGAGUGCCAGUGGUAGUGCGCGCGGUGCGGGGAUGCGCUCGUGCGAUGCUCUCGGUGAUUGCGAUGCGUCGGCCGGAGGAAGAGGAGCUGGGCGGGCGCGGCGACGGCGCGGGCGACGAGUUCGUGGACAUCUCGCACAUGCAUCUGCUGGUGGAGGCGGGCCCGAGCGGCCUGCACUACCCUGGCCCGCCGCCGCCGCUCGCGCAGCACCAGCCCUACGCGCAGCCGCCCGCGCAGACCUCUGUCAGCGCCACGGUCACGUCCGCCACCGCCACCGCCACCGCCUCCGUCGACGAUUUGUUUGCCCUGUACUUUACACCAAGUACUCAUGGUAGUUUACCAGGCGAUGAGUUGUCGCUGGCAUAUUCACCGCGACGACACAAACAUGAGGCGUCGUUGUCGCCGGGCGCUCGCGCUGAGGACGCGAGUAAUGCGUCCAGCGCAAGCGCCUCGCUGUAUGGCCCGCCCAUGGGCAGCAAGAGGGCACCCUCGCCGCCCUUGCAGUGGCUGCUGCCUUCCGGCGCCGGCCCGGGCAGUGUCGACAAGUACUUCCAGCAGGAGUACGAAGAACGCGUCGAACUGUUACCGCCCGAGUGCCAGUCCGUCUACUGCCCGCCGCUGCAGUCAUGCCCCCCGCAGCAUUGCGAGUACAGGCCCCAGCAGCAACCUCCUCCCCAGCACACUUGGGAGACGCAGGAGUAUGCGGCCGUCCCGCAACCGACCCCGGGCCCGUCCGGAGUGCCCAAACGAGAGCCUUACCCCAGCCCCGCCGGAGACAACAGGCCCGUACAGCUCGCCGAGUACAACCCGUCCACGAGUAAAGGUCACGAAAUCCUUUCUCAAGUUUACCAACAGAGCGUGCAACCUCUUCGAUUGGUCGCAGUUAAGCCACGCAAAUACCCCAAUCGGCCGAGUAAGACGCCGGUUCACGAGCGACCGUACGCGUGCCCCGUGGAGGGUUGCGACCGUAGGUUUUCGAGGUCGGAUGAGCUGACCAGGCACAUCCGCAUCCACACAGGCCAGAAGCCGUUCCAGUGCCGCAUCUGCAUGCGCUCGUUCAGCCGGUCGGACCACUUGACGACGCACGUGCGGACGCACACCGGGGAGAAGCCGUUCGCGUGCGACGUGUGCGGACGCAAGUUUGCGCGGUCGGACGAGAAGAAGCGGCACGCCAAAGUGCACCUCAAACAGCGGCUGAAGCGCGAGCGCGGCGGCGGCGGGCCGCACUCGCACGAGCCGCACUCGCACGCGCCGCUCUAGCCCGCGGCCCCCGCGCCCCGUGCGCCGUCGCCCGCACAUUCCAGUGGCGAUGAGUCUUGAAUGAACUUUUAUUAAAUUUCACGUUGAAGUUAUCAAAUAAUUUCAUCGCAUAGAUUUAAAAAUUGUCUUUAACGAAGCUUUAUUAACUCUACAUUUGUAAAUUUCCUGAAAUUUAUAUAUCUUUUUAUACAUAUUUGUAAUUACUAUGAUAGGAACGAUUGACUUGAUGUAUUUAUUUUAAAUUAGAUAGAAUAAUUGAAUAAACUAGACUGGGAACAAAUAUAAAUAUGAAGCAAAGUGGCCUAAAGCGGCGUCCAGAGUGACGAAAGGUUACGUGGCUGCCUCUCGAUGCCAGACGCAGUGCUAACACAUAUCUUUCUGUUUGUCGAUAGUAGUAAGAAUUAAAACGCUUCUCAGAUU